GGGGCGACGCUGAAACACGCGAGAGCGGAUCCACGGCCAGCGCGGCUGGGCAGGCAGCCCGCACACCUCACCGUGUGCGCGGGCGCGCGUGGCGUGGCGGGCGGGGCAGAGGCAGGGCUGCUCACCCGCUGCAGCGAGCUCUGCGCGCCGGCUCCGGCCCUGCGUCGUGGUGGCGGCCCCGGGCGCCACACGGUGUGUGCCCUUGCCUUAUAUGGAUCAAACCUGUCUUGCAGUGUGAUCCCUGAGCACACGGAUAUUCUUACAAGUUGUAGGAACCACAGCCCCAAGUUUCAACCUGGGAUUUCUACCUUGAUAAGGGUAUACUGGACAAGAAUUGACUUGAAAGCUGUUUUCAGGAUGGCUGAAGAUGAUGAAAAAGUUAAGCUCCGUCGAAUUGAACCUACCAUUCAGAAAUUUGUUAAAGUGGCAAUUCCAACAGAUCUGGAGAGGUUGAGAAAACAUCAAAUUAAUAUUGAGAAGUAUCAAAGAUGCAGGCUCUGGGACAGAUUACAUGAAGAACACAUCAAUGCAGGACGGACAGUUCAGCAACUACGAGCCAAUGUGAGAGAGAUGGAGAAGCUUUGUUUGCGAGUCCGGCAGGAAGACAUCUCACAUCUGCAAAGAAUGAUAAAUCCAGUUAAAGAGGAAGCUUCAUUUGCCAUAAAAGAGUUCCUACAGCUUCAUUCUGAAUCUGCAGAAGAACUUAAAAGGCAACUAGAAGGACAGGAAGAUACCUCUUUAACCAGAUCCGCAACUGUAGGAGGAGGUAAAACUUUAUGUAACACUGAAGGAAAGGAUGGCUCCCAGAGUUUAAUCCAGGUGUAUUCCCCCCUUCCUGAAAUACCUCAGGAUGAAAAUGCAGCUGAGUCAUGGGAAAAUUUGGAGGAGGAUUUGAUUCAGCUUAACCAAUUGGUGACUGAAUUUUCUCUAUUAGUCAGUUCUCAGCAGGAGAAGAUUGACAGGAUUGAAGACCAUGUCAACAAUGCUGCUGUGAAUGUUGAAGAGGGAACCAAAAACUUAGGGAAGGCUGCGAAAUACAAGCUGGCAGCUCUGCCUGUGGCAGGUGCAGUCAUUGGUGGAGUGGUAGGGGGUCCUAUUGGUCUCCUCGCAGGCUUCAAAGUGGCAGGAAUUGCAGCUGCACUUGGUGGUGGGAUUUUGGGUUUCACAGGUGGAAAAUUGAUACAAAGAAGAAAACAGAAAAUGAUUGAGCAGUUCUCUUCCAGCUGUCCGGAGCUUUCUCGACAAACUGCCAAAAAAUCCAGCUGAAAUACAGUUUCAUUAUGACUAGGAACAACAGAAUAGUAGUCGGGAUGAAGCAUAAGGUUGCAAGUCUGUCGUCAGUACAAGGCUGAGUUGUGUUAAUUUUGACAACAGUAGUGAUGUUCAGGGGCGUGUGAAAUGGUUAUGUUAGCAUUUAUGGGGCUUUUUUCCUUUUAGAUAUGAUAGUUCUCCAAGUUACAGGACUGAUCCUGCCUAUAUGUGUGACUUUUAUUUAUAAAAUUCUUAGGUGAGCCAUACCCACAGCUGUAAUGAUGGAUAACAGGUGCUUCAUGCCCAAUUUGCAUGAAAUGUCUUGCAGACAACAUUAAGAAAGGCAUUUGGAAAAGCACAGUGGUUUCCUCAGGAAAGGCACCAAAAAGUUGGAGCAUUUAUUGUAAAAUUCCAAAGAUGAGAGCAUAAACUCCCAGCCAUCUUUCUUUGUAGUACCUUAAGACUUCCUUAUUCACAACCUCCCCCUGUAUAUAGGCCAGUGUAUGAAGUCUUCAUACACUACACCUGUUCAAUAACUGCACAGGAAAGCAUUGCUGUCAAAGGUAAGGUUAGAAAAUAGGUUAGCCUUCUGGAGGGGAAAAAAAAAAAGAGAGAGGGAGAGAACCCCCUCCCCCCAUCCACCUUAUAUAUACCCAGCACUUUUCUGCAUUGGCCAGCUGAGAUUAGCAUCAGCUUUACCCUUUUUCAGGUGCUACAAUUUGGGGGGGGGGGGGGGGUUGCGAGGGGGUUUAUUGCAAACACUCAUCUUGUUCAAAGUGUAGUUAAGAGUUAAAUAGCCUAAGAAACAAACCUGCAGGCUUGCUCUUGGAGAAUAGUCAUUUUCCAUGAUUAUUCACAGCUCCAGGCCUUGUCCUAAGAACUGCUGUAUAGGUUUAAGUGCCAAACUCUGGAAUUCUGAGCCAGAAACAGCAGCCUGCUUAAGCAGUAUGCACUGCUAGAUGUUGCUCUCACUUCUUGUAUCUUUACUUUGCAGUUUAAAAAUGCAUUUACUUCUGCAACUUCCCUCUUUGGGUACAGGAGUGUUAACAAGUUCUCAUUUUCACAUAAACUUACUAUGCAUCACAAAGAGGUCCUACCUCCAUCCUUCCAGAUAGUUCCUGUACUAUUGCUGCUACUAUUUGGGAAAAGGGAAAUAACAGUUGGAAAACUGCUUUUUGAAGUUUUUAGGCUGUCAGUUCUUCUGAGCCCUGCAAGAUAAUAUGUCAGUCCGUUUGUAUUUGGGUGAACCAUCAGUCAGUGUUCAGUGAUAGGACUCCGUAGCAGGGAACACUGUAUUAGGACGCAUACUGUAACAACAGGAGAUCUUUUCUAACCAACGCUUUUCUGUCAUCAUUGGAAAUAACUGCUAAUGGCAGAUGAUAGGUUUUUGUGCCUGGAUACACUGCAAACAGCUGCUUGUUAACAGCAUUAAGUAUCUUUCUGAACAAUUCUUGCUUAGUAUUUUUAAAAUAAAAAUAUGAUCAAAAUUGCUAUCAGUCAGAACAUCUUGUCUAUUUUAUGUAGGCUGAGGCUCAGGGAAGGAAUGUGGGCAAGAAUAGUUUUCACAAGUAAUCACUAGCUCUGAUUGUCAAAAUUACAUGUGUUAAAGCCACAGUGCCUAUAUCUGUAAAAUCAGCUGUAGUGAAAAACAUGACUUGAAUUAUUCAGCUCAUUUGCUCAUGUCAUGCAAAACCCACUUUUCUUUAAAUGCAUCUACUGUGGAUGCAGACACAUUUAAAGAGCUUGUAACAACUUCAUAUUAAGGUUGUUCAUUCCUUUGUUCAAUAAUUUCUAAAUUUAAAGGAAAAAAUAUGUUCUUUGUAAACUGAUUCUCCAUCUGUUUUUAAAAGAUUUUACCUGCUUUCCUACUGUAUGCUUCUAAUCUUUGUGCAUUUGAAUGACGGCAACCAUGUCAGAGACAUAACAGACUCCACCCUCUCCCCAAGCUGGACUAAAGCCAGGACAAUCUAUGCUCAUAGAAUGGAAUUACUGUCACAAAUUAGACAAAGUCAGCUUAGUAUGUGCUCAUUUUACAAAAUUUCUAGCACAAGAACUGUUCUUAUUCCUUACAUCUUUAAGGAAGCAAUUUCAAAACAUUUGUACACACUAAAUUUGGGAUGCUUUUAUUUAAGCUAUGUUUUUUAAAUAGAUGGGUUAUUUACAUAUGUGAGGAAACACAGGCAACUGAAAAACCAUACUAGCAUUUAAAUUGCUAGGGAUGUUAGAAGAUAUACACAAUAUACAUAAAUCUUUCAGACCAAAUAAAAGCUUUUUCCCUAUCA